GCGCGUUGGCGGGCGAGGGGCGCGUUGGCGAGCGAGCUCCAAGAUGGCGGCGGAAGCGGUGGCUUCGGGGGGUUCCGCGGCGCUGGCGGCGGAGGCGGUGGCGGCGGGCUGGGUGCUGGAGCUGAGCUGCUGCUGCCUGUGCCGGCACUUCGCGGAGGGCCGCGCCGCCGAGUUCGGGCGGUGGAGGGCCGUGGCGCAGGCUGUUAUCAGUGGCUUCUCCAAAUUAGCUACACAUCAGAAAAAAAUGGUGUACCUCUGUCAGCUUUUGAUAAGAAUUGCAAACGGAAAAGAACUUGAAUGCAAUUUUGAAAAGGAUCCAAGAAUUUCACCUUUGGAAUCUGCUCUGUCCUUUUGGACCCUACUUGAGAGGGAAGAAAGUAAACUUGAUAAGCUUCAUGAAGAUAUUCGUCGCUUGAUUCAAAUUCAGGCUGUAGCAGUCCAUAUGGAAAAAGGAUAUUUUAAGGAGGCUGCUGAAGUUCUUGAAAGGGUGUUUACAUACUCGGAAUCAGAUAAGCCUUUAAGGGGUAAGCUGGCAACUAUAAUCAAAAGCAAGGAUCCGUAUAUUCCCCUUCUCCAAAGCUUCAAUUACGAUCUUCUGAUAAGUAAAGUCAAGUCUUACAUCGAACGUUUCAGGAAAGAAAAUGAAAAAAACUUCUUACUACAGGCAGCCAUGGAGCAGGUAGAGUCUAAAGGACUAGAAGCAGUAGUGCUGCAGAACAUAACUGUGAAUGUCAAUAAAGAGGAAGAAAAUAAUUUGGAAACCACACAAAGAUUUACAGAAGAGCAACCAAGUACUACAAAUCAGUUACCUGAAGAUGCAACAAAAUCCAUUAGAAGGCGUCGUUCAAAGAGGAAAUGCAGAGCAAGUAAUGUUCUUCAGAGUCUGAACAGCUUGCAAAAUGUGGAAGAACUUGAUACUCAGACUUGUGGCCGAAGAAGAAGGCUGUGGACUCUUGAAGAAGACAAGAAACUGAAAUCAGGAGUAAGGGAGUUUGGAGUGGGCAAUUGGGCUAAAAUUCUGGUCCACGGUGACUUCAACAACCGAACCAGCGUCAUGUUAAAAGACCGAUGGAGAACACUGUCCAAGAUCAAAUAAGACUAAUUUGGGUAACAGGAAUCAACUCUUCUUGAGCUUUCCCUAUGUAAGGAUUUAGUUCAGCUUUUCAGAAUAACUUGUUUUAGUCUCACAGUUUCCAGCAAUGUUGCUGCCCUAAAACAUGAAACAGAUGUAACGAUGACUUAAAUAUAAAGCCUGGUCUUCUAUCUACAUGUGAGAGGUGGAUUAAUUUCUGAAAUGUGAAAAUACUUACAGUGAUUAUGAAAGGUUAAUAAUACAGUGGUCUUAAGUGACCAGCAACGUAUUAGCUUGAUAGAGGCUUUUAAUAAAGAGUCAAGUGUUCUGUAGUUUUUAAAGAGUUGUAUCUGUAAUCGGAUGGAGCUCUUUAUCAUUUUAGUUUCUACUAUUGUCAUUCCACUCUGAUUCCACCUCGCUUUGAAAUUUUGGUCAGACUUGUCAUCUCUGUCAGUAAGUCAUACCAAAAAAUACGUAUGCAUUGUUAUUGCUAAUUUUUCCAGUUAAGCUUACAUGGGGUAUUAUAUUUUUAUGUUUAUAAAUAUUAACGGUGCUCUGUAUGAAUCAGGGAAAACACACCGGUGUAUUUUUUUUAAGAAUUAAGCUUAAGUUCUAGGAGGAAGAUUAUUUUGUAAUUAUUUAUAUUGGCAUAAUAGCAGUUACUAUCUUGCAGAAGAGAAUGGGAUAGGGAGGUAACAGCAUGAUACUAGCUCUUAACUUUUCUUGACUAUCUUGUGCUACCUACCCUGUCUUGAAAAGUGGCAUUCUUCUGGACCAGCAGAAAAGGGGAAGCUCCUUUCCUGGAAAGCCAAAGCAGAACCCUGUUCUGGCAUUGAUAGCACAGCCCAUGAAACAGGUUUCAUCUACACUCUCUGCAGUGCUAGCAAGCACAGAUACCCUGUGAUGGGUAGCUGCCUGCAUCAAGGUGUCAGUUGGUUACUGUAACUGUCCUGCUCAUGAGAGACUGUAAGAGAUGGGUGGUGGUGCUACGCUGCCUCUCUUGCUUUGGAUUGUAUGGAAAAGAAUUCCAGGACCUCAGAAAACACACGCUUUCCACUGUCAUACUAGUGUGAAUCUAGAAUUUAUAUAUCACAGCAUUCUUUUAAAAGUGGAAUCUCUUCAAUUCAGGUGUUUUCUGGGCUGUUGUCCUUGGAGAUUUUACAAGAACCUUUCAAGGAAAAGCAUCCAUCUAAACUGGUUGUAAUAAAACUCUCAGAAAUAUUCUUCCUGGUUACAAAAGAAUUAAUAUAUUCUUCAGGGCAGAAAUAUUCACGAAGUAUUCAGAUCAUCUCUGCACGUUCUGUCUUGGAGGCCUGUUUGCAUUAAGAUUAAAUGGUUAAGUAUCAUUAGAAAGGUUUCUGUCCUACUCUUGAAUGUGGACAGGACCUCAGACGGAUCACUUUCCUAAUUCUUGUCAAUAGAUACUCAGGUUUCUUUCUGCAACUGUGGCACACAGUGAGGUCCCACAGAGAUACUGCGUGCCUUAACAGUAAAUUUCUCAACCUUAAGGCACUGUUUCUUUUUAGGACACAUGGUGAAUUUCAGAAGCUUGAUAAAAUAAGGGUUAUGCACUUCAGCAAGGAAUGCUAGAGCAGCUGUAAGCCAACAGUUCAAAACAAAAACAUAGCAGGUAUGUGACAAGUGAGACCUGCAGUAUGCAGCCCCUUCAGUGGCUCUAACAAUAAUUCAACACAAAUAAUAGGUAUCAAAACAAGGAUUUGAACUAUGUGCAUAGCACCCUUGCCUAUGUUCUAAUGUUGUAGGUUUCUGUGUUAAUCGUUGUAUGUGAGCAAGUUUAACUACUAAUAAGUGUUUUUAUGGCUUUUAGCCAAGGCUUUAGUCAUGACUGCUUAUUCCUAGAUGCAAGAUUAAUUAUAUUUUUUUAGCUGUAGCGAGCUAAUUGCUGUAGCAAAAUCCUAGUCAAGGCAGCUUAAAUAAAUUACCAUUCAUUAAGGAAAUGGGUCUUCUCAAGACUUUCUUUGCAGAAGUCUUGUUUACAUUUGUCUGCCAUAAUAUGCUUCUUAGUGAGACUACUUCCUUAAUGACACUGACUACUCUCACAUUUUUAUGAGGGUGGCUGAACAUGGAAACUGCAAUGUAGACAAAAAAUACUUACCCACUUGUAGUAUAAACAACUGUCUAGAUGAUAUUAGGAAGGAACAAGGUUCUAAACUGAAGUCUGGUUUUAGCUCUCAAACUUUCAUUUUUAUUCAUCCUUACAAUUUAAUGAUGAUAGUAACCAUUCCCAGAGUUGAGAACAUUUGGCUGGCUCACUACUGAGUAGGAUCAGUGCCUGUGAACAGGACUAUAGCCUGUAAAGAAUGAGAACCUUAGAAAAAGAAGCUACUAUGGUUAGAAACAUCAGCUCUUUAAUUACAAACAGAAACAUAGGAACUUGCUUACAGCAUUCUAGUACAAAGAUCAGUCUUAGCGUUUUGUAUUCAGGCAAAGAGAUUUGCCUAAAAUACUUCUUCCAAAAGUUUGGCUCCUUUAAAGUUCAUUUAGGCUCCACAAAAUACAGCAGAAAGAUGCAGGUUUCUUGGCAUUGGUGUUAAUUUUCUUAGUUCUUGUUGUUGCUGUUUUAAAAGUCUUCUAAACUUUUACGUAAAAAUGAAGCUAUGCACAAGAGGACAUGAACACUGUUGCAGUUGCCGAAUCUUCUUCCAGGUUCCUUGGCACCGAGAGUUGCCAACUGCUUCCCAGCGUAAGAUUUUACCUCUGAAAUGUGGUAAUAAUGAGAAAUUAAAAAUGAACGUGUUUACAAACAAAAAACCUAUAUAUUUCAUGUUAGUAGGUUGUUCUAUAAUGUCAUUUGAGAGAACAUUAGAUUAACAAUGUAAUACUUUAAUUAGCUCAUCUUAGUCUUAAAAUGCUUUUGUUUAUUAUAAUUCUAGGCGUUCUAGAGCAAGCAUUAUGUUCCUACAUAGAGUAUACAGGAUGAUGGGUUGAGUAAACAGUUGCAUAGGUAUUACAUAGCAUGUGUCUUAAUAAGUGAUAGAUACAUGGAGGUAUGUACAAAAAUACAUAGACUAAGUAAAAAUAAGUUACAAAUAUUAAA